CCAAAGGACUGUACACCUAAGGACUGUACACCAAUGGACUGUACACCUAAGGACUGUACACCAAAGGACUGUACACCUAAGGACUGUAAACCUAAGGACUGUACACCAAAGGACUGUACACCAAAGGACUGUACACCUAAGGACUGUACACCAAUGGACUGUACACCUAAGGACUGUACACCAAAGGACUGUACACCAAUGGACUGUACACCUAAGGACUGUACACUUAAGGACUGUACACCAAAGGACUGUACACCAAAGGACUCUACACCAAAGGACAUUGCCACAAUCAUGGAGCAGACUAAGUCAGAUAAAGCUGUGACCAUAAUUGUUCAGUUAUGUGCUGUUUAUUCCUUUCUUGUAAACACAUCUUUUUGGGGGGCUUUUGGGAUCAGUGGGUUUGGUAUUUCCCACCAAAUGAAAUCCCCUGUAUACUAGUCUCUAUGAAGUUCAGAUGGGCUGGAGAUUAAAUGUAUUUCUACUGAAUGACUAUAGUAUCCCAGCUUAUUUUGAUUCAAGACCUUCCCCUUUUUGUGGUAACAGGGGUGGUUUGGUGGGGUGUGAUGUUUCAUUCAUGGGCUGUGUCUGUGGAAGCCAUGGGUGAGGGGUGAAGGCAGGGCGCAAGGCGAAGACAUUUUGUCUAGGAGCUCCCUGUUCCCGUUAAGCUGCUGCUUGUUCACACCCUGGUCCUGACCUCCCCCAAGCCGCUCCUCAACGCACCAAACCUCUUGUUAGCUGCAGCUGAAGCCUGGAUCAAAACAGAGCAUGUAGGGAAGAGGUAGGAGUCCUGCCCUGACUGGGGGGGGGGUGAUUUGUUAGGUGUUACAGCAUAGUGAGACAGUCCGCUUCCUCAGACCCCUCAUUCCAGCAGCUCCUUAAGUCUCUCCACAAGACCCUCCAUAAAAUAAGCCUUGUAGGACAUCUCUGUUUAAAUAAUGGAUGUGUUAUCUGAAUGGCAAAUUCAAACCUUAUGGUUCCAUUUUUCUUUUGUCAGUCCUCGGGGCUUACCAGUUUGUGAAUUCUCCUCUGGUAUGUCCACAUUAGUCGACCAGGUCCGUUGCAAAACAUGCCAGGUCUAUGAUGAAAUAUUUGUGUUGGACUUUUUUAAAUAUUUUUUUUAAUGCAGAAAUGCAGCUCAUCAAUGUAUGUGUAUGGAGGAAUGAGAAACAUCUGUCUCCUAAACACCUACCCAAAAACAAAUGGUCGCUUUAAGCUGUCACAUGGUUUUAUGGGUGAUCAUUUACUAAAUAAGGGGAGCUGGGUGCUAAUAUCUAGCAUUUCCUCCCAGAAUAACUAUACCGUAGAACCUGAGUCAACAGCAACGGAAUUUAUGAAGGUGAGUGAGGAGAGGGAAGACCACCCAGGAAUAGAUGACCCACCUGGAUGGAGGACCUCAGAGGGCUGAUACUCUUGCUACUUCCUACACGACAAUCUCUCUCUCUCUCUCUCCUUGUACUCCUUGAACUCAUUGGCCUCCUUAUCCUCCUUGGCCUCCUUGGUAUCCUUGUCCUCCUUGUCUGCCUUGGCCUCAUUGGCCUCCUUGGUAUCCUUGUCUUCUUUGGUCUCCUGUACUCAUUGGCCUCCUUGUCGUCCUUGGCUUUCUUGGCCUCCUGGUCCUCCUUGGUCUCCUUGUCCUCCUUGUCGUCCUUGGCUUCCUUGGCCUCUGCGCCUCAUUGAGAUGAACCAGACACCUCAUUCCUCAUUCGGCUAUUGAAGCUGUGUUGGGCUGGCGUCUGGGCUGGCUUCUGGGCUAGUGUCUGGGCUGGCGUCUGGGCUGACGUCUGGGCUGGCGCCUGGGCUCGCCCCUGGGCUGGCGUCUGGGCUGACGUCUGGUCUGGCGCCUGGGCUGAUGUCUGGGCUGACGUCUGGGCUGGCGUCUGCGCUUGCGUCUGGGCUGGCGUCUGCGCUUGUAUCUGGGCUGGCGCCUGGGCUGCCCUGCGAUGCCCUGCGCUGUAGGUAGAGAGAUCCAGCCAGCAGGAUGUGCCCGGGCAAGGAGCCUACAGAUGGAAUUGUAGGGAGAGAGAUCUAGCCAGCAGGAUGUGCCUGAGAUAACUGAUUUUGAUUGCUCUCGUCUCAGAGCGCCGUUGACCCCUGACCUCAGAGGUGAAAGGUUCCUGUUGCUCUUCCAGUGGCUGGCCCUCCUCCUACUCCCUCCUCCCUCUCUCUUCCUCAGGGCUGGCAGAGACAGGCCCACUUGUCAGUGCUGCCAAGUCAGGCCUCAGCACGUGGGGUUAUAAUAUCCCACAGCUGGCUCCAGUUUGGCCUUUGAUCUGAGGACAGGUUGUUGUGGCCUAGGUGUUGGGGCCGUGUCAGGAACCCUUAGCUGCUCCUCCAGGAGUUCCCUCCCAGACAUCCCCAGGAGGAGUCUGCCUCAGCCUCGACCGCCUCCUCCCAGACAGCCUUAGGAGGAGUCUGCCUCGGCCUCGACCCCCUCCUCUCAGAAAGCCUUAGGAGGAGUCUGCCUCGGCCUCGACCCUCUCCUCCCGGACAGCCCCAGGAGGAGUCUGCCUCAGCAUUGACCCCCUCCUCCCAGACAACCUUAGGAGGAGUCUGCCUCGGCCUCGCCCCCCUCCUCCCAGACAGCCUUAGGAGGAGUCUGCCUCGGCCUCGACCCCCUCCUCCCAGACAGCCCCAGGAGGUGUCGGCCUCGACCCCCUCCUCCCAGACAGCCCCACGAGGAGUCUGCCUCGACCCCCUCCUCCCAGACAGCCCCAGGAGGAGUCUGCCUCUGCCUCGACCCCCUCCUCCCAGACAGCCCCGGGAGGAGUCUGUCUCGGCCUCGACCCCCUCCUCCCAGACAGCCCCAGGAGGAGUCUGUCUCGGCCUCAAUCCCCUCCUCCCAGAAUGCCCCAGGAGGAGUCUGCCUCGGCCUCGACCCCCUCCUCCCAGACAGCCCCAGGAGGAGUCUGCCUCGGCCUCGACCCCCUCCCCCAGACAGCCCCAGGAGGUGUCGGCCUCGACCCCCUCCUCCCAGACAGCCCCAGGAGGUGUCGGCCUCGACCCCCUCCUCCCAGACAGCCCCACGAGGAGUCUGCCUCGACCCCCUCCUCCCAGACAGCCCCGGGAGGAGUCUGCCUCUGCCUCGACCCCCUCCUCCCAGACAGCCCCGGGAGGAGUCUGUCUCGGCCUCGACCCCCUCCUCCCAGACAGCCCCAGGAGGAGUCUGUCUCGGCCUCAAUCCCCUCCUCCCAGAAUGCCCCAGGAGGAGUCUGCCUCGGCCUCGACCCCCUCCUCCCAGACAGCCCCAGGAGGAGUCUGCCUCGGCCUCGACCCCAUCCCCCCAGACAGCCCCAGGAGGUGUCGGCCUCGACCCCCUCCUCCCAGACAGCCCCAAGAGGUAUCUGCCUCGGCCUCGACCCCCUCCUCCCAGACAUCCCCAGGAGGAGUCUGCCUCGGCCUCGACCCCCUCCUCCCAGACAGCCCCAGGAGGAGUCUGCCUCGGCCUCGACCCCCUCCUCCCAGACAGCCCCACGAGGAGUCUGCCUCAGCCUCGACCUUUGUGCCCGGGUUUACGAGUGCCCAUUUAAACAUUGCCCAAUCUCCGUUUAUGAUGCGGCCUUAUCAAAGAAAAAAAUGGGGGGAAAAAUUGAGAAAAAUAUGAGUCAUGUUUACAGCAAUAUCAGCGAUAGGAUCCACAUGGCGAUGUUUACUGAGCUGAGCCUGUAAAUCCUGGCAUCAAAAGGAAGACGUAUUAUUUGACUUUAGGAUUUUGGAAUUGACCUCGAGUAAUAAAGCCAUCUGCCAGACUGCGGGGAUAUUGACGAAGAUGCCUGUUUUGAUUAUCCACUGCAGUGCCGAGCAACUGAGGUCAAAACACGUUAUGUCAAGCCUCCUCCGCAGAGUGACAGACAACACUCAUUUCAGAAGUAAAGAAGUUAAGCUCUCCACUUAAGCAGAAACAUAGCUUUACAUGAAUAUGUCUCAGUCUUCAUUAUGUCUUCAUGGCAAAGUCAGCAUGGAGAGACUGUUGAAGGGCUGAUCAGCCCGACUGGGAUUAAUCACCAAAAAACAUCAUUGAUGCCAUUUUGAAAAGUGCUUAAAAAUAUAUUCCCAUGAAUAUGCAAUUAAGACAAGCUUCACUGUUGAACGACUUGUCCUGCUCCUUGCACCUCUCCCUCUCCCCAGCGUGCUGUAAUCCUACAAGUUAUCAUACCUUCAUGAAUGUGUCAAUUGCUGCACUUGGCUCACAAUGCGUGAUUUAAACUAUUAAGCCUGGGAUUAUUUUUGGAACAGAGAUAACCUGAUAGCUUUGGGUUUAAUAGAGAAAAGUGCAGUCUGUUGCCCAGCUGAAUGAAAAUGUACAGCCACAUCACCCACAUAGAGAGUAACAUGUGCUGCCAAAAACCACACGAUUCGAAAUUGUGUGGUGCCCUCAGGAUCAUGGGAAGGGUUUGAAGGAGUGGGGGGGAGGGUAACCUGAUGCUUUUGCAUAAAUGAUUAGUGUGUCAUAAUCUCUCUGGCUCUCUGUUCUGCAGCAACCCCUCCUCAUUUCCUUUGUAUUGACCUCUGAGAGUCUGUCUCCUCUCUCUCUCUUUAGAUCUUCAAACUCCUGUCACACACUGGUAGCCCCACUAAUGUCAGCUCUAAUGUAGACUUGUUCUGGGGGUCUGAACCCCCAAUCCCCUUCUCCCCUCUCCACUAACCUGUUGGUCUGGCUACUGGUCAUGCUCAUUUACCUGAUCCAUUGCCCAGAGUGAGUAACCAGAGAGCUCUGAUCCCUGCCUUACGCUGUCACUUCGGAUAACUCUAACCAGGCAAUCUGCUUGUGCUACCACCUCCACUACCUGCAGCCCACCCCAGCCUUCCCUCUCACAGCCAGCUCCAGCCCAGCCCACCC